AUGGAUCCAGACAACCUCCGCACCGCGUCCCUGUACAUCAACAACCAGCUCUUGUCCCGCGGCCUCCUGCGCAAUGGGCAGAGUAUCGAUUUCGCGCGCCCCGACCGAGGCGAGGGUGGGUUGGAGGCUAGUAUGGGACGGAUUAUGAGUGUGGUCAAUGAUUUGAUUUUGAGGAGAGAUCGCGACGCAACACAGCGCGAAACUUUGACAACGACCUUGAGAACCCUGCGCGCGGAUUCGCUGCGCCAGACGACGGAUUUGGAGAGGGUGCAGACGAAAUAUGCAGAGGCGCAAAGAAAGUUGGGCAUCCAGGAGGCGGCGGAACGGGGGUUCAAGACGCAGAUUAAGAGUGCGGAGAAUGCGGUUAAGGUGUUGAGGGAGGAGAUGGCGAGGAUGAAGACGUUGGUGCAGCAGAGUAGGAAUCAGUGUGCGGUGGAGGUGAGGAAGAGGGAGAGGGUUAUUGAGGGGUUGAAGAAACAUGUUGGGGAUGGGCAGAGGGUUAGGGGUGGUGGGAAGGCGGUGGGUGUCAGGGAGAUAAGUGUUGUUGGGGGAGUUGGGGAGGGAGAGAAGGGUGGGAGUGCAAGUACGAUGGAUGAGGGGUAUGAUUUGAGGAGUGAGACGAAUGAGUUCUUGACGGAGUUGGCGAGGGGAUUAAGUGAGGAGAACGAGAAUCUGGCUGCGUUAGUGAGGAGGACGGUGGAGGAUUUGAGGACGCUCAGUGGAUGGGAGAAGGAGGGUCGCGAUGAGGUGGUGGAGGUUGUGGAGAUGGGAUAUGAGAGUUUGGCUGGGGAGAUGGAUGCUGUUAUUGAGCAUGUGAGGACUUUGUUGACGAAUCCAAGUUUCGUGCCUCUUGAGGAGGUUGAAGUCAGAGAGGAAGAGAUCAUACGGUUGAGAGAAGGGUGGGAGAAAAUGGAGAGUAGAUGGAGAGAUGCGGUCCAGAUGAUGGAUGGCUGGAGAAAGAGGAUGGCUCGAAGUGGACAGACCGUCAAUCUGGAAGAGUUGAAGAUGGGUCUCCUGCUUAGUCCGCUCAAGACAAAGGACGAGAACGAACAACAUCAACUAUCGACUCUUAUGGAAGAAGCUGAGGGAGAAGGAGAUACCCAAGCCGAUAUCGAUGCUAUGGACGAGUCUGAGAUGGUUGAGCCCGUCGAGCCCGACUUCGACGAAGAUCUUGACGACUCUGAUUCUAGUCUGUUCGAAGAAGAGCCAGUUGACGAGAUAUCCGAGGAAGUAUCCGAAGAGGCUUCUGAAGAGCAGAUGGAAGAAGAAGAACCGAACUAUACCAUUCAUACGACUUCCUCGACCUCUCCUGGACCUGCACCUCAGCUGUCGCCUCUGAAAGAGACGAGUGGAAACAAAGUAGCUAUUCUCAGUCCAAAGCCACGUGAACAAGAAGGUUUCACCACAAUCAUCGAGGAAAACACCUACGACCUCCUUCAAAUCGAAUCCUCACCGAAACGUCUGAAAUCCGCAAAAUCUACACCUCAGACCUCAACCCGCCAACAGAGAGCAACACCAUCAACAAAACUCACUCCGCCUGAAGAUGAAAUUUCCCUACUCAAAGCUACAAAUACAGCACUGCCUCCAUCACGCCGACGCGAGCGUUCAAUCUCUCCAGACAAGUCUUCCCGCGCUACUCCAAGACUGAACCCUAAUGCGACACCGAGAUUGCAACGAAGCAACGAAAGUCGACUUCCAAGACCAAGAGAACAGCCACCAAUGCAAAGCCCACUUACAAUGGCUAGCAUCGCAGCCAAAUUAGCAGCCAGCGAGCGCGAAGCUGAUGCUGCGAGAGUGAGAGCUAAGAUAAAGGCCGCGAGAGCAAAUAGAACGAAAACUUCUGUUGAUGACAAGAAGUUAAUGCCUCCACCUCCUACUCCGCAACAACAAGCCAGAGAAGAGCCAGCGAGAGAUAUGGACGUCGAUGAAUUCGAUGUUGGGAAAGCACAAAUCACUGAUUGUGCAGGAGAGGGUGUGAGCAGGAAGAGGAAAGCUAGAGAUGUCGGCAGAAGCCAGAAAGCUAGUAGGAGGAGAAGUACAUUGAGUCCUUGGGAACUCGAAAGCUUGAUUCUUGGCAAUGUUGCGAGUCCUGUCAAGGGCGAGAGCUGA